CUGAGGCGUAUCCCGCCGGCCGGGAGGCGGGAGGCGGGAGUCGGACCCCAGAACCGGAGCCGCGGAGGCAGAGUCGCCGGGUGCCGCGGCCGGGGCCCUGAGGAAGCCCCAGGAGAGGCGGUUUACCGGCGAAAGGAGCUAGGCGCGGGGCCGCCGCGGCCGCCUCGUUGGGGAAGGAGGACGAGGAGGAAGCGGCGCUGCCGCCCGCGGGAGGAAGCGCUCCGCUCGGCCCCCGACGGCGCUCGUUUAACCACAUCCGCGCCUCCGCGGGAUACGCUCGUUGGCGCCUGUCAGCGGGUCCCUCCAUUUUGAAAGGGAAAAAGGGCUCUCCCCUCCCUGACCCUAGGAGCCGGAGCCCGAGGAGCCGCGCUCAUGGCGUUCAGCCCGUGGCAGAUCCUGUCCCCCGUGCAGUGGGCCAAGUGGACGUGGUCUGCGGUGCGCGGCGGGGGCGCCGGGGAGGACGGGGCCGGCGGGCCCGAGGGCGACCCCGAGGAGGAGGACUCGCAAGCCGAGACCAAGUCCUUGAGUUUCAGCUCGGAUUCUGAAGGUAAUUUUGAGACCCCUGAAGCUGAGACCCCAAUCAGAUCACCUCUCAAGGAAUCCUGUGAUUCAUCACUGGGAUUGGCAGGACCUGGGGUCAGAACCCAAGAGUCCCAAGAAGCUGAUGAACAACUAGUAGCAGAAGUGCUUGAAAAAUGUUCAUCUGAGGCUUGUUCUAGGCCUUCAGAAAAUGAGAUAUCUCAGCAGGCUGUUCAUUCUCACUCAGUCAAGGAUUUCAAAGAAGAACCUGAACCUGAUAUUAGCAAAAUUUCAAUUGUGAGGCCAUUUUCAAUAGAAACCAAGAAGUCCACAGAUAUCCCAGCAGCUUUUGGAACAAAAGCAGCUCAUGGCUGCAUAACUGCAAUCUCAGGCGAGGCUUUGCCCUCCAGCCGGCCAGACAUCAUCCAGGACAAGGCAAUGACAGAAGGCAACAUGGGGGUUACUCUUGAGGCUUCCACAGAAGCUGACCUAAAGGCUGGAAAUUCCUCUCCAGAACCUGUGGCCAGCAGAAGCAAGCUAAGAAAGCCCAAACCUGUCUCUCUGAGGAAGAAAACAGCUGGAGGAGAGUUCUCAGAAACUGAAACUGCCAUGGAGAACACACCUCUUCCCAAAGCAUCCUACCAAUUCAGUCCUGAAGUAUUGGAUGAAAACAGAAAUCCUUCCUUACUAGGAGAUGCCAGGUUCCAGAAAUCUUCCCCUGACCUAAAAGAAGCUUCUAGCACUCUCAGUAGUGACACCAAUGAUUCAGGGGUCGAGCUUGGGGAAGAGUCGAGGAACUCACCUCUCAAACUUGAGUUUGAUUUUGUGGAUGAUGUGGAAAAUGUAGAGACCAGGAAAGCUCUUCCAAGGAAACUUGGCAGGAAAUCGGGUAACAAACUGAUUCCCAAGAUACAAAAAGAUGGCAUCAGUAAGCCAGCAGGUGCAGAACAGCCUACAGAUCCAACAGCAAGUGAUGUGCCUCUCUCUCAAGUAUCUUCUAAGAUAGAUCCUAGUCAGUGGGGCACCCCCACUUUUAAUCCCUUUGGGAGUCACUCUAUUCUGCAGAACUCCCCACCUCUCUCCUCUAAGGACUCCUACCACUUUGACCCAGAUAACUUUGAUGAAUCCACGGAUCCCUUUAAACCAACUACAACUUUAACAAGCAAUGACUUUUGUUCUACCCCUGGUAAUCAUGUUAAUGAAAUUUUAGAAUCACCCAAGAAGGCAAAGUCGCGUUUAAUAACGAGUGGCUGUAAGGUGAAGAAAUAUGAAACUCAGUCUCUUGCUUUGGAUGCAUGUUCUCAGGAUGAAGGAGCAGUGAUCUCUCAGAUUUCAGACAUUUCUAAUAGGGAUGGCCAUGCUACCGAUGAGGAGAAACUGGCGUCCACAUCAUGUGGUCAGAAACCAGCUGGGGCCGAGGUGAAAGGUGAGCCAGAGGAAGACCUGGAGUACUUUGAAUGUUCCAAUGUUCCUGUGUCUACCAUAAAUCAUACGUUUUCAUCCUCAGAAGCAGGAAUAGAAAAAGAGACAAGCCAGAAGAUGGAAGAAGAUGGGUCUGCUGCACUUGGACUUCCGGAGUCCUUGACAGAGAAGGCCCCUGUGUCGGUGUCCUGUGGAGGUGAGAGCCCCCUGGAUGGCAUCUGCCUCAGUGAAUCAGAUAAGACAGCUGUGCUCACCUUGAUCAGAGAAGAGAUAAUCACUAAAGAGAUUGAAGCAAAUGAAUGGAAGAAGAAAUACGAAGAGACCCGACAAGAAGUCUUGGAGAUGAGGAAAAUUGUAGCUGAGUAUGAAAAGACCAUUGCUCAAAUGAUUGAAGAUGAACAGAGGACGAGUAUGACCUCUCAGAAGAGCUUCCAGCAACUGACCAUGGAGAAGGAACAGGCCCUGGCUGACCUUAACUCUGUGGAAAGGUCCCUUUCUGAUCUCUUCAGGAGAUAUGAGAACCUAAAAGGCGUUUUGGAGGGGUUCAAGAAGAAUGAAGAAGCCUUGAAAAAAUGUGCUCAGGAUUACUUAGCAAGAGUUAAACAGGAGGAACAGCGAUACCAGGCCUUGAAAAUCCAUGCAGAAGAGAAACUAGACAAAGCCAAUGAAGAGAUUGCUCAGGUUCGAACAAAAGCAAAGGCUGAGAGUGCAGCUCUGCAUGCUGGGCUCCGGAAAGAACAGAUGAAGGUGGAAUCCCUGGAAAGGGCCCUGCAGCAGAAGAACCAGGAAAUCGAAGAACUGACAAAAAUCUGUGAUGAGCUGAUUGCAAAGCUGGGAAAGACUGACUGAGAUUCCCCGUUAGCUCAGCAGAUCUGCAUUUGGCUGCUUCUCUUGUGACCACAAUUAUCUUGCCUUAUCCAGGAAUAGUUGCCCCUUUGCAGAGAAAAAAAAAAGCACAUGCCUACUGCUGCCUGUCCCGCUUUGCUGCCAAUGCAACAGCCCUGGAAGAAGCCCUAGAGGGUGUGUAGUCUGGAGAGGAGUGGGACCUGACAGUACUGGCAUCUCCCAGUUCCCGUCUAUAGGUUCAGCAGGACAGACUGCUGAGUUUGGGUUUGUAAUUUGUCUAUCUUUAGUUUGCUUUAAAGUCAUACUUUACUUUUUCAAGUGCAUUCAAUUUGUGGGUUUGUGGCUCCUAUUUGGGGUCCUUUCUACCACCUGUCUGAAUUUUUUGGUGUCCUAUUUAUUUUAUCUUUCAAUUUCAGCAUCAAUGGUUUUAUUUGAAGAGACAGUUUGGCCUGCUGUUACUUCCAGUUUAUAAACAAGAAGGGCCUCUGGGUUUCGUUUUAUACAUACAUUCGCACAUGUACAUGUAUAUUUAUAUAUGCUGCUGCUUUUUCCCCCAAAGCAUAGUCAAAUAAGAACUUCUCUACUGAAGAUCGUAUUUCCUUGAAUGUAAAACUCUUUUUGAAAUAGAGUCCUGGCUCAGAAUGCCAACUUAAGAAUUUGGGACACUGAAGAUGUGAAGAACACAGACUCGGAUUUUCACAUCUGGGGAAGACUUUGCUGGGAUGUUUUGUUGCCCUGGGAUUUGGACACUCCUCAGCACUGAUGGGUGCGGCCCUUUUGGGGUUAGUCCUCAGACUGAAAGUAGUGUCUGCUUUCUGCACGAACAGCAAUAUGGGCUGGGGUUUGGCAAAUGUGCCCCAGAGUAAUUUGAUCUCUGCCUCCAUUUGUUGAUACAACAUCAACAUUUAAUCUUUGUUAUCUUUCUAUUUUAAAUAUACAAAGAAAAUCUACUGUAAUAGGUUUAGAUGAUCUUAUUUAAUUAAAAAGUAACUGUAGCCCCGUUACUAAUUAUACGGAAA